AUGUCGGCACCAACACCGGCCACGCAGCCGGUCAAGACCAAAUCCAAAGCCUACUCUUCCACUGUCGCCAUCCAGGGCGAUGCAGCCAAGUACCGUCUCAAGUACAAAGAGCUCAAGAAAAAGGUGCGCGAGAUCGAAGUCGAAAACGACAAGCUCCAUCUCAAGACGCUUGGCAUCAAACGCAACAUCCAGCGUAUGCGUCUCGAGCGCGCCAUCCUCUACGAACGCCUCGAGGCCGAAUCGCAAGCUACGCCUGGUGUUGCAGCCUAUCCACCGCCGCCACAACACUACGAAUUGGAUGCACGACGCGAUGAUAUUUAUGCUCCUCUGGGAGGCGCUGCUGGUGGAGCUGCAGGAGCUGGUUCGUCGAGCGGACUAGCCCGCGGCGGAGCAAGCGACUAUGGUGGAUAUGGUGCGACCGGUGGUGGAGCGAGUAGCAGCGCAUACCGACAGCCUGCUCUAUCAUCAGCUUCCGUAGCAGCAGCCUCUGCAGUACCAAGCUCGAGAGCGCCCUUUGGCUCGACGUACGACGACUAUCCCCCGCCGCCCCCACCUCCUGCCAGAUCGCAUCCACACGCAGCAGCCCACUCCCAUACCCACGCCAGACCGUACGCAUCAUCGUCGUCGUAUGAUUCACGCCACCACUCUCCACAACCGCCACCGCCCGCCUCGUCCACGGGCGACCGCGCCGAGAGGCUUAGGCAGUACACAGAGAGUCCCUCGCCCGAGCCUGCCUCGAGGCGCGUCGACGUGCACGGUGUUGCUGCUUCCCCGCUCGCGGCUCGUUCAGCAGAUCCAGCUGCGUCGGCAGCCGACGCCGCCAGUCUGUCGUCUUCGGCGUCUCGCUCUAAUAUGAAGGUCACUCUUCGUCGGGGUGCCUGA